AUGGAUCCUAAUCCAUUCCCUCCACCAGCAAGAGGCAGAAGAGGCAUGGGGGAGUCAACCCUUUUGCCAACAAUGAUAGGAACAGAUUGGGGGCAAACUGGAGGAAUCAUCCGGACUUUCAAGAAGAGGAAGAGCAUAGGGAGGAAGCUCUACCCAGCCCAUACAGGAUGGACCAGAUGCAGCCAGAACAGGGACUAA